CACCCAAUAUAAAACCAAAGAAGAAGAAGAAGAAGAAGAAGUAAACAGUCCAGGCAUUAUUAGCGUUAGCUCAUCUCUCUGGCUGUAUUAAACUAGCUGGGAGACGAUGUUGUAGUCGUUGCGUGGAUGAAUAUUUGACUUAUAGUUAAGCAACAAUGUCUUCAGUUGAGUGUUUGAGAGAGUUUGUCAACGAGCGACUAAAUGCUGCUGCUGAAGAAAUAUUCGGAGUUUUUCAGAAAGCUGUCGUCGAGUACGAGGCAGAGAUCUACCGUCAGCGCAGACUGCUGGAUGUCGUUUGGAAACCCCAAAUAAAGUUACACACGAUAGAGCUCCCACAGCAACAUGUCUGUAAGGAGGAGGAGGUUCUCUUUGACCAGCAGCUCUGUGUUCAGGAGAGGAACUCCAGUCUGGACCAAGAGGACCCAGAGCCUCCACAGAUUAAAGAGGAGCAGGAGGAACUCUGCACCAGUCAGGAGGGAGAGCAGCUUGUACUGAAGCAGGAGACUGAUCCCUUUAUGUUGACUCCUACUGAUGAGGAAAGUGACCACCAGCUCCUCUCUCACAACUCUCAUGUAGCUGAGAGCCAAGAUCAGAAAGAAGACCAGCAUGGAGACUCAGGCUCAACUAAUGCAGAGCUAAAUCUACAGAAUCUACAUCACGAAAGCAUAAAUCACAGAAACAAUGUAGACAACCCUAACCUGUCAGAGAUGCACUGUGAUACUCACACAGGUAAACGGCCUUUAAAAUGUGACACAUGUGGAAAAGACUUUAAGUAUAAAUCAUCACUAGAGAGACAUCUGAGAAUCCACACAGGUGAGAAGCCGUUUGCAUGCAAUGCGUGUGGGAAAGCUUUCAGAAAUAAUAGUCACCUGAUAAGCCACAUGAGAAUCCACACAGGGGAGAAGCCAUAUUCUUGUAAAGCAUGUUGGAAAAGUUUCUGUCGAACAUCAGAAUUGAAAAAUCAUAUUAGAGUUCACACAGGUGAGAAAAAGCCGUAUUCCUGCAAGACAUGUGGGAAAAGAUUCUCUCAAAAAUCAGUUUUGAACACGCACAUGAGAAUCCACACAGGUGAAAUGCCAUAUUCUUGUAAAACAUGUGGAAAAUAUUUCCGAUAUGACAGUCACUUGACAGUCCACAUGAGAACCCACACAGGUGAGAAGCCGUUUACCUGCAAAACAUGUGGGAGAGCUUUCAGACUUAGUGGUAACUUGAAAGACCACAUGAGAACUCACACAGGUGAGAAGCCAUUUUCUUGCAACACCUGUGGUAAAGAUUUCAGAUCUAGUAGUAACUUGAUAAGCCACAUGAGAACGCACACAGGGGGAAAGCUGCAGCACUGCAGCACAGAGGUUCCAGAGAUUAAAGAGAAACAGGAGGAACGCUGCACAAGUCGGGAACAUUUGUAAAUGGAUUGUUCAUUAAUUGUGAAUGUUUUCAAAAUGCACUUGUAAUUCUUUACACUAAAAGAAAGGGAAACAUUUGGAGGUGUUGUUAUUUGCCAGUCCGGCCCAUCUAAAAUCAAAUUAGGCUGAAUGUGGCCCAUGAACUAAAAUUAGUUUGACAUCUAAUUCAAAGGUUGAUGGCUAAAAUUUGCCAGCAUUUAAACUUAAAACAAUAAAUAACAUCAACAGAAUAUGAAGAGGUAACAGUGUUGACGUUAUGUCAAAGACAUUGAUAUAUUGUGUAGCAGAGAUAUCUACUUAAAUUAGCAUGCUAACUGACUAGUGCUGGACCGUCCAGUCUAGAGGUGAUAGUGAGUGACUGUAGCUCCAGUCCUGCCCUCAGACCAGAGGGAGAAGAUGUACAGCUGCUUGACUCGGGCAGACUCAGGGCUUGUCAAUACUACAUCCAUGAUCCCUGCAUGUUUUGAUAGUUUGUUUUGAUUAAAUCGAAAGUGGCAGAAAUGAGAAAACGACUCGCACCUCCGCCUUGUCCUCAAUGGACAUUGGAGUGAUCAUUUAACCUUUACAACUUGCAUUAAAAUGUAUG